GACACUUCGGAACCGAAGGAAUACCACUCGAUAGCGCAACCACGGAACCUAGCUUCUUCUAUCCGAAAAAUAGGAUCAAUUGUUGGUCGAGCUGAUCGUAGAGCAAAGAAGAAACUCCAGAGCUAACGCGAAUCCGUUGCACGCGCAACUCCUUCUUGCUUGGACGAGCUGAUUUACCGGUAACGCCUCUGUUGGAUUUUGGUUUUCUUGAUGGAGCUCAUCAUCCCACUCAUGGAGUUUCUUCUUUGCUCUUCCGCCUCAAUCAAAUUGUUUCCACACUUGAAACCAUGGUGGGCAUGAAACGAAGGCUGCUCUUACUGCUAAUCAUGGCCCUCUCGCGCGUGCAGAUUUUCCUACCACAACUCCACGUGUCUGCAGGGCAAUUCCCGCCAAAAUUGACCUCUUUUGACUACCCGUCUCGUUCUCCGAUCAACAAUCGCAAGCUAUACUGUAACUGUCACAAAAUGGAAACCGUCGUCGAUGCUCCGAAACUUCGAGCUGAAUUCAUGAAAAUCCUGCGGAGUAGACGAUGUGAUGAAGUUCCGCUUUCUCUGGAGCUUGUGAAGCCUAUUGUGGAUCAUAUGUCUCAAGGAAUUUCCAGUGAGGCAAUAGAAUCUUUCCCAAAAGAGAACAUUGUGAACUUCAAGGAUCAGCUGAGAGAAGAAAAACUUUACUUGAUUACUGAGGCCUGUGAGCAAGGACGUGUACCUGUGCUGAUCUUGAGCAUGAAAGACAGCAAGAAUCAAGGAAAGCCAGCUGUUGUUUUUUUGCAUUCUACAAACAGUUACAAGGAACAGUUACGGCCAUUGCUUGAGGCAUAUGCUUCACGAGGAUACAUAGCUGUUGCCAUUGAUUCUCGCUACCAUGGUGAACGUGCCAGCAAUACAAGUACAUAUCAAGAUGUAUGUAUUUCCAAGUGGUAUGGUUCACAAGAAGUUGGCCAAUUGAAGUGCUAUUUGUGGCAGGUGUGGGACUUGAUAAAACUGGCAGAUUAUCUUUCAGAGAGGGAGGAUAUUGACCCUUCAAGAAUAGGAAUUAUUGGUGUAUCACUUGGAGGAAUGCAUGCAUGGUUUGCCGCGGCAGUGGAAACUCGUUACGCUGUGGUUGUCCCAAUAAUAGGUGUUCAGGGUUUUCGAUGGGCCAUAGAUAAUGAUAAAUGGCAGGCAAGAGUUGACAGUAUAAAGCCUGUCUUUGAAGAAGCACAGGUUGAUUUGGCCAAGGAGGCAAUUGAUAAAGAAGUGGUGGAAAAGGUUUGGGAUAGGAUUGCUCCUGGUCUAGCUUCCCAAUUUGAUUCACCUCAAACAAUUCCAGUCAUUGCACCACGGCCUUUGCUGAUUUUAAAUGGUGCAGAAGAUCCUCGUUGCCCACUUGGAGGUUUGGAAAUUCCAAUAUCACGAACAAAUGAGGUUUAUAGAGAGGCAAACUGUUCUGAAAAUUUCAAGAUGAUAGCACAACCUGGAAUUGGCCAUCAAUUUACGCCUUUGAUGGUGAAAGAAGCUAGUGAUUGGUUCGACAAGUUCCUCAAUUAAGAUUGUUUUCAGCUCGUCACUACUUUUCCACUGUCAUAUUCUGAAGCCUGUUUCCAGAUUGCUUGGCGUCAACAAAAAGAUGUGGAAGUGCAUCAUAUAUUUUCAUAUUUAAAUGGUGGUUCCACUUGAUCUAAUAUUGGUCAAAUUAAGUUUAUUUACCCUGGCCAAUUUUUGUUUUCACUGCGUCCUAUGAAGUGAUGCUUUUGUUUAAACAGUUAGCUUACCAUGUUAUGCACAAUAAAUUGUACAUUUUGAUCACA